UCGAUCAGCAGCGAUCGGCGCAGAUCCGGUUCUUUUUCUGUCCGACUUGAAUCCGAUACGUGGGCAGCGAUAUUCUCACGGGAUCCGGGCGACUGCACGUUGUGGCGUCAUGUGCUGCAGUUCCUUCAUGACAGGAAAGCCCUGGUCUCACCUGAUCUGAGCGCUGAUUGGUUGAGAUGCUGGAUCAACAACAUGACGUUUUAUAGAAACCUAUCAUCCUUUGUAUAACUGGACUGCUCUGGUCCGCUGACCAAUGAGGCGCAGUUAGUCUGGAAUGAGCCUAAUGUAAACAAAAAGGCAGAACAACGUCCAAAUUUAAUUUAACAGAAGUAUUUUUCCUGGCCCUCAAAUCUUGAGCCGAACAGGUCACCUGACUGCCAGUGACGUCCAAUGGCAAACAGUGAAGACAUUCUUAGCAUUAGCACAGCACUUCAGGCUGCCAGUGUUUCUUGUUGACACAGCCGCACUCAUGCUGCUCUCUCAGGAUGCUUUGCGACAGCGCGACUGGCAGGGGGGGGGGCUGCACUGUAGAUUUCUGUGCACCAGCCGGCCUGUCACAUCAUUUGCUCUGCACGCCAACCUGUGGAAGUAUGAGCCUGGCUUUCUAUUGGCUGCGGAGGAGAAAGGCUUCGAGCUUCUGGAGCUAAAAGGAGAGGACCCACGAUUGGCCAGUCUGGACACCCUAUCAGGAGAGGAGAUCCCAUUGCACUUCCUGUUUCGCCUCCAUGGUUAUAUCAUCCAGGUGGUGUUCCUGUACGAGCGUAGUGGGAACUACCUGUGGCAUGGAGCGUUACGCCUCAAAUCAAACAUGGACCGAAGCUUCGCUCCGUUCAAACUGCUCGACUACGGACAUCACGCUGGAGCUUAUGACAGACCGGACCUGGUCCUGACCGUCCUGGAUGGCCUCGAUGUUCGAGUCCCACGCAACAUUUCCCGCUUCCUGUCUGAACAGCGACAUGCCCGCUUCCUGGAGUGCCGUUACCAUGAUGCCCGCAACUUCCUGCAGCUCUACCCUGACGAUAUGUCGCCAGCGGCUGUGGAUUUUCGGAGGAAUGCAAAGUCCUUGCUUCAUUUAGCCGCUCAAACGCUUGCUCACCUCAACAUCCCAUUCUGGCUCAGCAGCGGCACCUGUCUGGGAUGGUUCAGGCAGUGCAGUGUUAUCUCGUACAGUCAUGACGUAGAUGUUGGGAUUUUCAUUAUUGACUUCAGGUCAGACAUUAUUGCAGCAUUCAGAGAUGCCGGGCUGUCGCUCAAACACAAGUUUGGAAAGGUGGAGGACAGCCUGGAGCUGUCUUUUCUCAGUGAGGACAUCAAACUGGACAUUUUCUUUUUUUAUGAAGAUGGAGACAUUGUUUGGAAUGGAGGAACACAGGCAAAGAGUGGCAGGAAGUUUAAGUACGUCUUCCCUCGCUUCUCGCUCUGCUGGACAGAGUUUCUUGAGCUGAAAGUUCGCAUUCCGUGUGAAACACUUGAUUAUGUGAUGGCAAACUACGGCACCUCGUGGAGUGUCCCGGUGAGGGCCUGGGACUGGAAGUCGUCACCAAGCAACGUGCAGGAAAACGGGGUGUGGCCUCCAUCUGAGUGGGCGGACCUUGUUCAAGUUUACUGAGAGGAAACCGCAAAGACACGAUGGAAAAUUACAUCAGUACUGAAGCGUCUAAGUGAAAAGCUCAAAGGUGAAGUGUUUUUUCUGCAGCCCUUGUCAGCUCUGUUACAUAAUAAGUUGUGUGUGUGAUCAAUUUUGUACUGUAUAACUUUAUUUGAGUUUAUAUUAAAAUUAUUAAGUGAAAGACAAUUUGAACUGUGUAAUAAUUUAUUAAGUUAGUAGACUGUGUAGGCUGCUACUGUGCAUAUAACACCCCCCACAGAGGAUGUCAGAUCUGAGUGGACUUUAGUCAUUCUUCUCUAAAGAUUCUGCCUCUAAAUCAAAUAAAUCAAUC